AUGGCCACCUCCACAUCCACCACCACUCACAGGGUCCACCUUUCUGAGGAUCCAAAUUAUGUCACCCUGGAGGAACAGGAUUGCUGCUGCGCUGCUGGUCUCUGUGUCAUGUGCGGGCAAAAGGGCCAUGGUAUCAAGCAGUGCCCCAAUGGCUGGAAAGCCACCAUAAAAGAAGGGGCUAAGCCCUUGGUGAAACCCAUAAAAAUGAAUGUACCAGCUUUGGAUUUUGAAUUUGUUUCUUUAGCUCUUGAUUCAAAUAAAAAACCCCUACUACAUCUUGAUCUGGUCAUACAUGACAACCCAACGGAAAAACUGAAAACAUUAAUUGACUCUGGCACCACCUCCAACUUUAUAUCACCAGCCAUAGUCAAAAAAUACAAAAUUCCAAAAACCCAACUCAAAAAUCCACAAGUUGUGAGAAUGUUAGAUGGUACCAUUUCCCAGACUGGUUGCAUAUGGCACCAGGUUCAACUUGCGGUUUUGGCCAAUGGCCACCCACAUACUAUCCCCUUUCUAGUCUGUCCAAUUGGCAGCACCCCAGCUAUACUUGGCAUGACUUGGCUCACAGCAGAAGCCCCCCUCAUUGACUGGCAACAGGGACUAAUCACAUUCCCUGAACAAGCUCAAAUUGCCUCUGAGGAAGAAGCUGACCCAAACCCCUUGGCAGACCUACCCACUCAGUAUCACAAGUUUGCCAAGGUCUUUGGGGAAGAAGAAUUCAAGGUCCUGCCCCCUCAUAGGGAAUACAAUAUUGCAAUAGACCUUGUCCCAGAUGCCAAGCUCUCCCCUGGUCCCAUCUAUGGCAUGACUGACACGGAAUCAAAGGCAUUAAAACAGCACAUUGAUAAGGAAUUGGCAACAGGCAAAAUUUGCCCUAGUACCUCCUCUGCUGGCGCACCAGUUAUGUUUGUUAAAAAGGCUGAUGGCUCCCUCAGGCUGGUAGUAGAUUAUUGUAAGCUCAAUGAUGUCACGCAUAAAAAUGUAUAUCCUCUCCCACACCAAGACAAUCUUAUGGCCAAAUUAUGGCAUGCAAAGGUAUUCACCAAGUUGGACUUACAAUGGGGCUACAACAAUGUCCAAAUCAAGGAAGGAGAUGAGUGGAAGACAGCUUUUAGGACCAAAUAUGGGCUAUCUGAAUACCUGGUCAUGCCUUUUGGUCUUACCAACGCACCAGCUGCCUUCCAGCACUUUAUGAACAACCUAUUCAGAGACCUGAUAGAUGUAACAGUGGUCAUCCACCUUGACAAUAUACUGAUCUUCUCCAAGAAACCAGAAGAACAUCCCAGACAUGUAAGGGAAGUCCUGUCCAGACUCAUGAAGAACCAGUUAUUUUGCAAAUUGUUGAAGUGUCACUUCCAUGUCACAAUGGUUGAUUAUUUAGGCAUUGUCAUCUCCCCUGCUGGGUUUUCCAUGGACCAGAAAAAGGUUGAAGCUGUUGCCUCAUGGCCACAACCCAAAACAGUCAAGCAAGUCCAGGCAUUCCUAGGAUUUGUCAACUACCUCAGACAGUUCAUUCCCAACUUCAGCUUGGUUGCACGUCCCCUCCACAACCUCACAAAAAAGGAUUCCCCAUGGUCAAUGGGGCAAUCAGGAGGACCAAGCUUUCCAGGAACUGAAGUCUCUGGUCACCAAGGCACCAGUACUUGUCCACUCCAACCCAGAACUACCUAUUUCCUUGAGACAGAUGCAUCAGGGGUAGCCAUGGGGGCUGUUCUCAGUCAAAGGGGCCCAGACAACCAAUUACAUCCCAUUGCCUAUAUGUCAAAAUCUUUCUCAGGUGCCAAAGCCAACUACAACACCCAUGACAAGGAACUUUUGGCAGUUAUCAAAGCCCUGGAAGAAUGGAGAAUCUUCUUAGAAGCAAUGGACCGUCCAGUGCAGGUGUUCACAGAUCAUAGGAACCUAGAAUACUGGAUGCAGGCACAAACAUUCAACAGGAGGCAUGCACAAUGGCAGAUAUUCCUAAGUGACUUCAAUUUUGACAUCCACUAUUGCCCAGGAAAACAGUCAGGGAAGCUGGACACACUAUCCAGGAGAUCAGACUACAUUGAUGCAACCCCAGAACUGGAGGUCAUGCUUCCAUCAGAAGUAUUUGCCAAUACGUCAGAAGAGGAACUUGAAAUUGUCACAGAAAUUUGUAGCAAGCUGAGGGAAGACCCCUCCCUUGACCAAAUCAUUCAGUUCCUAACAGAAGACGUGGACAAUGCCCCACCGUCAAUCCAAAAGGCCUAUAGAGAGUACAACUGGGAAGAAGACCUUCUAUGGUAUUGCAGAAAACUGGUAGUCCCUGAUUCAGAGCCUCUCAAGGAGCGGUUAUUGAGGGAAUUCCAUGACUCCCCACUGGCAGGCCAUCCAGGUCAACAACAAACCUUGGAACUCCUAAGUUGCAACUACUGGUGGCCAGGCAUGAAAUCUUCUGCCAAAGAAUGGGUUGAAUGCUGCCCAACUUGUCAGGCCAACCAGCGCCCUCAUGCCCCAGUAAUUGCCCUAAAACCCCUGGAAGUCCCCCCAUUCCCAUUUCACACCAUUUCAUAUGACUUCAUCACAGGGUUCCCCAAAUCACAAGGCUUUGAUGCAAUACUGGUUGUCAUAGAUUCCUUUUCAAAGUUUGGCCACUUCAUCCCCACAUCCAAGAAAGUGUCCGCUAAAGGCCUGGCAGAUCUGUUUGUCUCCCACAUAUGGAAGCUGCAUGGGCUACUAAUUAAGACCAUCUCAGACAGGGGGACCAUGUUUACUGGAACAUUCUUAAGGGCACUUUACCAGCAACUUGGGAUCAAACCAUUGUUCUCUUCUGCAUACCACCCCAAAUCUGAUGGACAGACAGAAAGGGUUAACCAGUUCAUUGAGUUCUACCUACAUUCUCAUGUUGCUGCGGAUCACUUGGACUGGGCCAAAUGGUUGCUGCUAGCAGAAUAUGCUUAUAAUAAUGCCAAACACGCAGCAAUGGGAAGAACACCUUUUGAAUUGGUAUACAGACAAAACCCAGUAAUGAACCCCUCAAAUGUCCCAGCUGAUGUACCAGAAGCCAACACUGUUGUUGACACCCUGGUGCAAGAAUGGAAGGAGGCCAAGUCAGCCCUGAGACUAUCAAAAGAACGGAUGGCAAGGACUAAAGGAGUGACCCCAGAAUACUCCAUUGGGGAGAAAGUCUGGUUGGACAGAAAGAACGUGGAACUCAGGACCAACUCCAACAAGUUGGAUCCAAAACGGUUGGGACCCUUCAAAGUUAUGGAAAAGGUCUCCAGUCACACCUACUGCCUAAAGCUACCAGAAACCCUAAAAAUCCACAACAUAUUCUAUGUAGGGCUACUAUCAAAAACCCAUGAGUCACCAAGCCAACCCUUCCCAGAACAACCUCCUCCAGAAACAAUUGAAGGAGAAAAAGAAUUUGAAGUUGAACAGAUCAUUGACUUGAAAAGGCAAAAAGGGAAAUGGUGGUACCUGAUAAAAUGGAAAGGAUACAGCCCAGAGGAUAAUUCUUGGGAACCAGAAGAACUACUGGAACACAGCCAGGACAAGAUCAAGCGCUUCAACCAGGCUAGACUCAGAAAGGCUUGUGACGCUGCCAAGAGCCUUUAA